AUGUUUAUAAGAAGUCUGUUUACUGGUUCCUUUCCCUUAACAAAAAGACUAUAUUCAGUAACUGCAAAUUUGCCUACAAUAUAUGCAUUAGCUACAUCAAGAGGACAUAAAUCUGCUAUCGCCAUCUUAAGAGUCUCUGGAUCACAGACUAAACUUAUUUAUGAGUCCCUUACAGGACGUUCAAUCCAAAGAUUAAAACCUAGAUAUGCAUAUAUAACCAAAAUAUAUUCACUACAAACUGCAUCAAAUGAAUCCAGCUCAUUGAUUGAUUCCCCAUUAAUGUUAUAUUUCCCUAAACCGAACAGUUAUACGGGGGAAGAUAUGAUUGAAUUUCAUUUGCAUGGAGGUGAAGCUAUUAUAAGUUCGGUGAUUAAAAAUAUAUCACAUUUACAUGAUCCUGAAAAAUCAAUAAACAUCAAAUAUGCAGAACCUGGUGAAUUCUCGAAGCGCGCCUUUCAAAAUGGUAAACUGGAUUUAACUGAAGCAGAGUCAAUUAAUAAUUUGAUUAACGCAGAGACUGAAAUGCAAAGAAAAUCUGUCAUGUCAAGUUUUAAUGGGAACAAUAAAGCGCUUUUUACAAAAUGGAGGGAACAAUUAGUAGUAUCUAUGGGUAAAUUGACUGCAUUGAUUGAUUUUGCAGAUGAUAAUGAAAUUGAAAACGGUAAUAGCUUCCAGUUAUUAGAUGAAAUUGAAUCUGAGGUUAUGCUGGUCAAAUCAGAGGUUGUCGAUUUUGUUGACAGAUUAAAUAAAUCUAAAUUGUUACUUGAUGGGAUCAAAUUAGUCUUAUUUGGAUCUCCUAACGUAGGAAAGUCGUCUAUAUUGAAUUGUAUAACUAACGAGGAAACUGCAAUAGUGAGUGAUAUUCCAGGGACCACUAGGGAUUCAAUAAAUACUGUUAUUGAUAUGAAUGGUUAUAAGGUGGUCAUAGUAGAUACAGCGGGAAUACGAAAUAAAAGUAAAGAUUCAAUUGAGUUAAUUGGGAUUGAAAAAGCUAAACAGAAAUUUCUUGAAGGUGAUAUAUGCUUAUUAGUGUUAGAUGCCACUAAUCCAAUGAUUGACCCUGUGCUAUUAGAGAUGAUUGCAUUGCAGAAUGAUCAUCAAAUGAAACGUUUAGUAAUUGUACUUAACAAGACAGAUUUAGUUUCUAAUGCUGAUAUUUUAAGAAUAAGACAAGAUCUUUACCAGAAUAAGUUUUUAAAAGAAAAACCAAUUAUUACUGCUGUGUCAUGUAAGAAUUUAAACGGGAUUCCAGAAUUACUCACUUUGUUAACCAAACAAUGUGAAGAACUUACUACAGAACAAGAAGGUGUAGAACCAAUCAUAAUGUCUGAGAGAGUAAAAGAUAUAUUAAAUAAAGAUAUAUUGUAUGGUAUUGAUGAAUUCCUUCAAAAUAAAAAGGAGAAGAAUAUUAGUGAUUUAAUCAUAUUAUCAGAAACAUUACAAUACUCAAUUGAUGGAAUAGGGAAAAUUCUUGGAGACGCAGUAGGAUUGGACGAGGUGUUAGAUGUCGUCUUUUCUAAAUUUUGUAUUGGAAAAUAA